CUUUUGUCUAUGAAAACUCUUAGAGAAGAUGGCUGAUGUAAGCCUGAAGGAAGCAGCACUAAUAGUUGGUGUGGUGGCAGCCUGCUACUGGAACAGUCUGUUUUGUGGCUUUGUUUUUGAUGAUGUUUCAGCGAUUUUGGACAAUAAAGAUUUGCAUCCUUCUACUCCAUUAAAAAAUCUGUUUCAGAAUGACUUCUGGGGCACUCCAAUGUCUGAGGAGAGGAGUCAUAAAUCUUACCGUCCCCUUACAGUUCUUACCUUUCGUUUAAACUACUUGUUCAGCGAGUUAAAUGCAGUUUCUUACCACUUCCUAAAUCUGGUCUUUCAUGUGGUGGUCUGUGUGGUCUUCCUCAAGGUCUGUAAACUUUUUCUGGACAACAGGAGCAGUGUAGUUGCUUCCUUGCUCUUUGCAGUGCACCCAAUACAUACUGAAGCGGUAACUGGAGUUGUGGGCAGAGCAGAGCUUUUAUCAUCUAUCUUUUUCCUAGCUGCUUUUUUGUCUUAUACAAAAUCUAAAGGCCCAGAUAACACUAUAGUGUGGACUCCAAUUGCAGUGACUGUAUUUCUAGUAGCUGUCGCAACACUGUGUAAAGAACAAGGAAUAACAGUGGUGGGGAUAUGCUGUGUGUAUGAAGUAUUUAUUGCUCAAGGGUACACCUUGCCAUUGUUGUUGGACACAGCUGUACAGAUUCUUCGAGGGAAGGGCAGUAUUCCGUUCUCUAUGCUCCAGACCCUGUUGAAGCUCAUAGUCCUGAUGUUCAGUACGCUGCUGCUUGUAGUUGUCAGAGUCCAGAUUAUCCAAUCUCAACUUCCAGUGUUUACAAGGUUUGAUAAUCCGGCUGCUGUUAGUCCUUCCCCAGCCAGACAGCUGACUUUCAACUACCUCCUCCCUGUAAAUGCUUGGCUUCUUCUCAACCCCUCAGAAUUAUGCUGUGACUGGACAAUGGGAACUAUUCCUCUCGUGGAGUCUUUGUUCGAUGUUCGAAAUGUUGCCACCCUUACCUUCUUUUGCUUUUUGGGAUCCUUGAUUGUCUUCAGUCUCCGAUAUCCUGGGGAUUCCUCCAAGACUGUAUUGAUGGCACUCUGCUUAAUAGUGCUGCCAUUCAUUCCUGCAUCAAAUCUCUUUUUUCCUGUUGGAUUCGUAGUAGCAGAACGAGUGCUGUAUGUUCCUAGCAUGGGAUUCUGCAUUUUAGUAGCACAUGGAUGGAGGAAAUUAUCACAUAAAAGUGUGCUAAGAAAGGUUUCUUGGGUUUGUUUGGCUGCGGUGCUCUUCACUCAUGCCUUAAAAACACUGCACAGAAACUGGGACUGGGAGUCAGAGUACACGUUGUUUAUGUCAGCCUUAAAGGUGAAUAAGAACAAUGCCAAACUAUGGAACAAUGUGGGGCAUGCAUUAGAAAAUGAAAAGAAUUUUGAAAGAGCUCUACAGUUCUUCAUACAAGCCACGCAGGUGCAACCAGAUGAUAUUGGUGCCCACAUGAAUGUAGGAAGAACUUACAAAAAUUUAAACAAAACUAAAGAAGCUGAAGAAUCAUAUAUGAUUGCUAAAUCAUUGAUGCCACAGAUUAUUCCAGGUAAAAAGUAUGCAGCGAGAGUUGCUCCGAACCAUCUGAAUGUUUAUAUCAAUCUUGCAAACUUAAUUCGAGCAAAUGAAUCUCGCCUUGAAGAAGCAGAUCAGUUGUAUCGACAAGCAAUUAGUAUGAGGCCAGAUUUCAAGCAAGCUUACAUCAGCAGGGGAGAAUUACUUUUAAAAAUGAACAAACCUCUGAAGGCUAAGGAAGCUUACCUGAAAGCUCUAGAACUAGACAGAACCAAUGCAGACCUGUGGUACAACUUGGCAAUUGUUUACAUCGAAUUGAAAGAUCCAGCAGAAGCUCUGAAGAAUUUCAACCAAGCACUGGAACUCAACCCAGCGCAUAAACUGGCAUUAUUCAACUCAGCACUACUAAUGCAGGAGUCUGGUGAUGCUCGUCUGAGACCUGAAGCCAAACAGAGGCUGUUGCAUUAUGUGAAGGAAGAGCCACAGGAUGCAAAUGGCUAUUUCAAUCUGGGUAUGCUGGCAAUGGACGACAAAAAAGAUGCGGAAGCAGAGGCUUGGAUGAAGAAAGCCAUAAGGUUACAGCCAAACUUCCGAAGUGCUUUGUUCAAUUUGGCAUUGCUUUAUUCUCAGACAGCAAAAGAGUUGAUGGCUUUGCCCGUCCUGGAAGAACUGCUGAAAUACUACCCUGAUCAUACCAAAGGUCUGAUUUUGAAAGGAGAUAUCCUUAUGAACCAGAAGAAGGAUAUUGUUGGCGCAAAAAUGUGUUUUGAAAAAAUUUUGGAACUGGAUCCCAACAAUGUACAAGGAAAACAUAAUCUUUGUGUUGUUUACUUUGAAGAACGAGACUUAAUAAAAGCAGAAAAAUGUUUGGUUGAAACGCUAGCACUGGCACCUCAUGAAGAAUACAUUCAGCGUCAUCUGAACAUAGUUAGAAGUAAAAUUGCAUCACUCAGUGCUACGGAACAGUCAUCCCUUCCAGCUGAUGGGACUGCAACCACAGCUACAGAAGGAAAAAAAAAAUCAUUUCAGAAUUUGAAAGAAGUAAAAAAUGAGCAGAAGACCACCCAGACAACAGUUGAUAACGGCAAAGUGCACUCAAAAAAUAAGAAACGAACAGAGAAAAACAAUAUGGACAAGGAGACUCCCAAAAAAUCUACGAAAGAAAUCAAAGACAUUGAGAAAAAGAGAGUUGCUGCUUUGAAAAGACUAGAAGAGAUUGAACGUAUAUUAAAUGGUGAAUAG